CUCUGCCUCUUCCUCAUCUUCCGCACAGUCGUAGCAACAGAUGUGGGAAGUGCUCUUGGGCUGUCGUCCUGGCUGCGCGACAUCAAGUCUAGAGAAGGGGUUGCAGCCCGAGGGCAGCGCGCGGAGAGUCGGCGAGCAGCGGGAUCCGCGAUGGUGCCCUUGAGGGCCCUGUGGCUGGCUUGGGCGCUGGUAGGAGUGGCCGGAUCGUGCCCAGAGCCGUGCGCCUGCGUGGACAAGUACGCACACCAGUUCGCCGACUGCGCCUAUAAGGAGCUGCGCGAGGUGCCGGAAGGACUGCCGGCCAACGUGACCACGCUUAGUCUGUCGGCCAACAAGAUCACGGUGCUGCGGCGCGGAGCCUUCGCCGACGUCACGCAGGUCACGUCGCUGUGGCUGGCGCACAAUGAGGUGCGCACGGUGGAGCCGGGCUCGCUGGCGGUGCUGAGCCAGCUCAAGAACCUCGACCUGAGCCACAACCUCAUAUCCAGCUUCCCGUGGAGCGACCUGCGUAACCUGAGCGCGCUACAGCUGCUGAAGAUGAACCACAAUCGCCUGGGCUCGCUGCCCCGGGACGCACUCGGUGCACUGCCCGACCUGCGUUCCCUGCGCAUCAACAACAACCGGCUUCGUACACUGGCUCCUGGCACCUUCGACGCGCUAAGCGCGCUGUCACAUCUGCAGCUCUAUCAUAACCCCUUCCACUGCGGUUGCAGCCUUGUGUGGCUGCAGGCCUGGGCCGCGAGCACCCGGGUGUCUUUACCGGAGCCCGACUCCAUCGCGUGCGCCUCUCCUCCUGCGCUGCAGGGGGUGCCGGUGCACCGCUUGCCCGCCAUGUCCUGUGCACCGCCCAGUGUGCAUCUGAGUGUUGAGCCGCCGCCGGAGGCGCCGGGCAGCCCCCUGCGCUCCGGCCUAACGCUCAUGCUACACUGCGUCGCCGAAGGACACCCGACGCCCCAACUGCAAUGGCAGCUUCAGAUUCCGGGUGGCACCGUAGUGUUAGUGCCGCCAAUCCGGAGCGGGGAGGACGACGGGGACGCGGCGGAAGACGGGGAUGAGGAAGGAGAUGGGGAUGGGCCAACGCAGACAGAGGCCCCCACCCCGACUCCUGCACCCGCUUGGCCCGCGCCCCCAGCCACCCCGCGCUUCCUGGCCCUCACAAACGGCUCCCUGUUGGUGCCCCUCCUGAGUGCCAAGGAGGCAGGCGUCUACACAUGCCGUGCCCACAACGAGCUGGGUGCCAACUCCACGUCAGUACACGUGGCAGUGGCAGCGGCCGGGCCCCCAAAACACGCUCCUGGCGCAGGGGGAGACCCUGAUGGGCAGGCUCCAACCUCUGAGCGUAAGUCCACAGCCAAAACCCGGGGCAACAGUGUCCUACCUUCCAAGCCCGAGGGCAAAAUCAAAGGCCAAGGCCUGGGCCGGGUGACCGUCCUCGGGGAGACAGAGGCAGGGCCGGAGGAGGAGGAGGCAGGUGAGGGUGACGAGGCGGAAGACCAGGUCUCUGCUGACCCGGUAGAGGAGCAGCGCUGUGGCCACGGGGACCCCUCGCGGUACGUGUCCAACCACGCGUUCAACCAGAGCGCCGAGCUCAAACCGCACGUCUUUGAGCUGGGCGUCAUCGCGCUGGACGUGGCGGAGCGCGAGGCGCGGGUGCAGCUGACGCCGCUGGCGGCCCGCUGGGGCCCUGGGCCCGGCGGGGCUGCGGGAGCGGGGAGGCCCGGGCGGCGGCCCUUGCGCCUGCUCUAUCUGUGCCCGGCGGGGGGCGGCGCAGCGGUGCAGUGGUCGCGCGUGGAGGAGGGCGUCAACGCCUACUGGUUCCGUGGCCUGCGGCCCGGCACCAACUACUCCGUGUGCCUGGCGCUGGCGGGCGAGGCCUGCCACGUGCAAGUGGUGUUCGCCACCAAGAAAGAGUUGCCCUCCCUGCUGGUCAUCGUGGCGGUGAGCGUGUUCCUCCUGGUGCUGGCCACCGUGCCCUUGCUGGGCGCCGCCUGCUGCCACUUGCUGGCCAAACACCCGGGCAAGCCCUACCGCCUUAUCCUCAGGCCGCAGGCCCCGGAUCCCAUGGAGAAGCGCAUCGCCGCCGAUUUCGACCCGCGUGCCUCCUACCUCGAGUCCGAGAAAAGCUACCCGGCGGGCGGCGAGGCGGGCGGCGAGGAGCCAGAGGAGACCCCUGGGGAGGGCCUUGACGAAGAUGUGGAGCAGGGGGACCCCGGUGGGGACCUGCAGAGGGAGGAGAGCCUAGCGGCCUGCUCGCUGGCGGAAUCCCAGUCCAAGGCCAACCAAGAGGAGUUCGAGGCGGGCUCCGAGUACAGUGAUCGGCUGCCCCUGGGUGCCGAAGCGGUCAACAUCGCCCAGGAGAUUAACGGCAACUACAGGCAGACAGCGGGCUGAACCCCCAGCCCGUCUGGCAGCCCAUUCCCAUCCCCCACCUUGGGUGCCUGGGAGCAGAAGCCUAGGGCUGGCAGGAUUUCCCCCCCCCCCCCCAACUUUCACUUGUUCACUCUCUCACCACCCCCUAACCUUGACUGCUGGGGACUUCUAGUGGGGAGUGGGACGAUUUUACCAGUCCCACCCACGACGGUCAUUGUCCUUGUGGGCUGAAUUCCCCUCCGUGGCAAGCACAGCUCCCGCCUCUCCCUCCCUGUGUAAGACACCACCCGCUGACCGUGAGGCGAAAUCCAAGCCUCUCCAUUCCCACUGCAAUUAUCUGCGAAAUCCGCCCCGGAGCCCGCUCCACAGUGGGCUCGGAAGCCAGAGGAAAUGGGAGAAGACGCUGGAAACAUCUGAUGGUAAUGCUGUGGCUUGGGGGUCAGCCCGGGACCCCCAGCAGAUGUCCCUAGCGUGGGGCGCCACGGGGUCCCGCCUUAACCCCUACUCCACCCAUUCCGGGGUGCACCUCCCAGGAGCCAGGAUUCGGUGGCGACUCCCCAGUUUUUAUUUUCAAAGCCCCACCAAACGCUUCUGUCCUCCCACCCCCACACCGCUUCUGACCAGCUGGAGUCGAGCCGGGUGCCUGCGGCGCCUUUCAGCUCCGCGCUCCGAUUUUCACAUUUUCGUUGUUUUCAAAGACAGUGACACUCCGGGUCUGGUGCUAACACUCCCUUCCUAGCCUCUGGGAAAACUGGAUGUGUGUGUGUGCGUGUGUCUGGGGAUGGGGAUGGGGAUGGGAGGAAUCCGUCUUCUCUCUCGCUCUCUCUCCCUAACUUAAAGCGCCGCAAAACCACGCGCCCCUUUUUCCGCGGAGGGUGCGGCCUUGGUCCCGGGCCAAUUUCGUUGUGGGUGAGUCGGGGUUUCUGGAGACCCGACAGCUCGGUUUCCGCUGCUGCACGCGGCCCCGACCUCAGCUCGAGAAGCGCCGGGGGCGCAGGAAGCCAACUCUGGCCUCCGGGCCCGGGUCUCUGGUGAGGGGCCAGCGCCCCGGUUCGCACAAAGCCUGCGCGCAACCAUACGGCGGGAUCCGGAGGAAGAAAAGCCCCUCGGUCCUCGCGCCUCCCCGCCCCGCCCCUCCUUCCAAGAGAGUAGUCAUAUUUGCCCGGCUGUAGUCCUAGACGAGCGUGCUCUUGUAGGAGAAAAGUCUGUGUCCUGUAAAAGUGUGUCAA